CUCACAAAAAAUUGCACUUUCGACAACAGCUCUACAAGACCUUAGUAGACAUAUGCAUUCACCUCUAAAAAUAUUAGGAAGACACCUAGAAACUACAGUCCACCCAAGGCUACCCUGGUACUAAAGGCCCGGACGGUCGUAUUGCAGCCGUAUCGAUAGCUGAGAUUACCGUUGCCCUCGAGAUCGGGAAAUAAAUCUUCUGGUCUUACUAACACCUGGUCGAGCAUCAACCGUGGAAGUUUAGUUUCCUUCGUGGUAUAUUUUGAACGACGUACUUUCGGCAAGUAAUCCUAUAGCUUCUGGAAUCACAUCGCCAUCGAUACCCAACCCCUGCAACAUUUCCAAUGCUCGUUACCAGGCAUCUCGAUACGGAGCAAAACCACUGGUCUAGCAAGUUCGAGACCGCCUUUCACAAACCUACAAGCCCACGCAUGUCGAGCUACGACGGCCACUUGUCGACACAGCCUGAUUGGCAGGGGCAGUACUCCUUUCUUCCUCCUGGAGAGGGCAGCAUCUUCGCACAACCUUUCGAGCAAGUGUCGGGUUCUAGCAGCAAUAAUGACAUUCCUUCUCAGCAGCGCCCCUCUAGUGCGCACAACAGCACUCUUGACAACACGAACCAGGCAACUCAAAGCAGUCUAAAUUCGCCAAUGAACCACCACCGCAGCAUACUAGAUCCGCUUGGGUUGCGACAGCCGAAGGCCGAAUCUCCCCCGCCAGAACAACCUGACGUACAGGGUGCGAGUUAUGCUAUCAAGGCGGAGUCCGCCCACGAAGAGUCGUUAGCUUCUGCGGAUCACCACCAUGGGCUGCCACUCGGGCCGAACACGAUAGGAUCAACAUCAUCAACAGGACAAGGACAAGAAACAAUCCCUGGUCCAACCGGAAACGACGAGUCAGCGAUAGGAAAAGACGAUGACGACGAAGUAUUGGAAGAUGAUGAAAUGGUGGAGGGGGAAGGGGAGACGACAACGCAACCACAAACUGCAGCGGAGCGUACAGCUGCUCGCAGGAAAAUGAAGCGUUUUAGGCUCACACACCAACAAACUCGGUUUUUAAUGAGUGAGUUCGCGAAGCAGCCCCAUCCAGAUGCUGCACACCGAGAACGGCUUUCGAGGGAGAUCCCAGGCUUGAGCCCGAGGCAGGUUCAAGUCUGGUUUCAAAACAGGAGAGCGAAGAUCAAGCGACUUACAGCUGAUGAUCGGGAUCGAAUGAUCAAAAUGCGUGCUGUGCCAGACGACUUUGAUAAUGUUCAGGCACUGCAUUCACCUUACGGGGCAGUCCAUGGAUUGGGGACGCCAAUUACUCCUCCCGUCGACUUUGGGACUUCUUCAUAUGCGGAGCACAUGAUGCGGCCAUUGAUGGUGGACACCAUGCGAAGAGGCGAGAACGAAGACCACAUGUCCUCUACUGGACUAAGCCCAGCCUUUGGAAGUAUUGGUUUCAACCCUUCAGGAACAAUGAGCAACUCCGAUCUUCUUUCACCACUGUCAACGUCUUCGAACGACCGGGGGUACUAUUCAAGCCAUUUGACGAGCCCACUUGGAGGAGGUCACAGAACUUCGAACCCUUUUGCUAGGCAGGGUAGUCUUGAUUCCGGGGUCCAGAUGCACCCGCAAAACAGGCAACAAAUUCGCCCUCUACAGCCUCUCCAACUGCGAGAAACGAUGUCGAGAUCAAGACCAGACAAUUUGCAAUCACCUUUACGCUCGAGUAUGUCAUGGAAAGGGGAUUCUAUCGAUUACACUACGUACCCGGGCACUAGCGGCAGCCCCGGGAUUGGUGGGAGGCAUCAAUCUAUUUACCAAUCCGACCAGAUGAGUAGUAACCCAGGUAGUUCGAUGAACUACGACUCUAGUUCUUAUUCCUCUUCGGGCGUCCAAUCUUCCCCCACCAACAUUAAUUAUUCGAGCUUGCAGCAGCCUUCACAGAACAGGUCGCGCCUCAGGGCGGCUUCUGCGAAUCUUCCACUCGGCCUCGAUUUACGACACCAAUACCGACCUAUGUCAUCUAGCCAUAGUCUCCAGUCUCCUAGCCACUCCUCAACACCUCGAGUGGCUACUACUACGCCUUACGGUUCAUCAUCUGCAUACACCACUAGCUUUCCAUCUGCUCCAUUAACAGCACCAAUCGAUUUUCCACUUUCCAGGACGCCAGGGAUUAACAGGACCUCCGUCCAAGAUUAUUCAAUGCCACAGAUGAGCGCACCCAUCGCGCCUCCGCAGGACUUCACUCAAGCAUUACACGGCACUAGAACACCUAUGAGGGACACAUUUGGCGGUGGCCCCUUGGGUGUUAACCAGGGGCAAGGGUCUAAUGAAAGAAGCGAGGACUAUUCACAAGAAGGACUAGGUGGAUCUAGCUCUGGAUUAAAGCGGAAGCGAAGCUCUUUCAGUCUUUCGCAAGGUGGCCAUACUCCUGGCCCGGCGCAGACUUCUCAACCCUACGGACACACGAGCUGAAGGACGCCUCACCUCCAAACUAACGACCUACGAAACGCCCAAGCCCAAACGUGAAGCGAGUUGACACGGAAACCCGAAAUCAACGUGGCGCUCUUCUGGUUCUAUUCGAAAAUAAUACCCAAAAUUUUGUGUGGACUUUAUUAGACUACCAUGUGUUACUAUAUACCUUUUUCUUUUUCUUGUUCCGUUGCAUUUUCGG